GAAAUAGUACGGAAGAUAGAUUGAUUUGGAAAGAGAUGAGAGACUUUAAUAAUUUUUUUAAAAAGGGAAGAAAGUAUUUUGGGGGUAGGAUAAGUGACGUAAUUCAUUUGUAUGGUUGUAUUUAUUCUGUAUGUUGUGAGGGGUUUUGGUUUGGAACAUACUGGACGGAAAGGCUUGUGUGUGUGUCCUCUUUCCAAGACAAAAAGCCGGCUGCCUCUUUCAAAAGAGAAAAUGAUUUCAUGCUGUCUCCAAACCUUUACUGCUCGCACGUUGAUUGGUCAAAAAAGUGA